AUGAACGAAGGGUCUGGUCCUGUUCAACGAAGUGAGUCUUGUCAUGAUGAGAUUUGCUCUCACACCACGGCAGCCAUUGCUACUCAACCCAGUCCAACCCCGAAGCGCCUUGCGGAUUCCCGCGUCAUGUCUUCCAAGGACCUGAAGAGACAGUCCUCCGGCGGCCUGAAGAAGCAGGGCUCGAACAACGACCUCGCAAAGAAAAAGAAGCAGAGCAAUGCAGACCAGCAGGCGAAGCAGCUAGAAGAUGCGGAGAAGCCCAUCGAUGACUUGGCCAAGAAGUACAAGACCAGCUUGCAGAAGGGCCUUUCCAGCAAGAAAGCAGCUGAGAUCCUGGAACGGGACGGCUUGAAUGAAUUGGAAAAGCCUCCGAAGCCCACCCUGCUGAUCCUGUUCUUGAUGCAGCUCACCAGCUUCAUCAUUGUGCUGCUCAUGGUUGCAGCAGUCGCCUCCGUGCUUGUCAAUGCCACGGGUCCGAAGGCUGCAGACCCACUGUCCUACACUACAGGUAUUGCCAUCGGAAUCAUUGUCCUCAUCAACGCCGGCAUCGCUGCAUGGACGGAAGCCAAAGCCGGUGAUGCACUCGAAGCGCUGGCCCAGAUGACCCAGGCCAACAUCUAUGUGCUACGAGAUGGCAAGGAAGUGCAGAUCGCUGUCCCGACGGUCGUCGCAGGUGACAUUGUUGUUCUUGGUGUUGGAGAUGUUGUUCCUGCCGAUCUCCGCCUCUUCGAGGCCAAGGACUUCAAGGUGAGCGAGAUGGCUUUGACAGGCGAGCCUGAUGAUGUGACGAAAACCAGCAAGGUGAAGGAGAAGAAGGAGGGCCCGGAAAAGCUCACGCCGGAGACGAUGGCCUUCUCGGGCUGCAGCGUUACGAGUGGAGCGGGCCGAGGGUUGGUAACGGACACGGGUAUGGGCACUCGCAUUGGGCGAAUUGCCAAGCUCAUUGCUGGUGAUGAAGGGCCGAAGACGACAUGCUUCUGCUUCCCAGACACGUCCGGCAACCAAACGCCGCUCCAGCAGAGUCUGAACAAGCUAGGCGCACGCAUCGGCAUCCUGGCGAUCAUCAUCUGCGUUGGAAUUUUCAUCAUCGGCUGGGUGACAGACCGCAAGGACCCCACGAACCCGGAGAGUGCAGCCUGGUUGUAUAUGAUCUUGAUCUCUGUUACCCUGGCCGUGGCCGCUAUUCCAGAAGGAAUUCCUCUUUGUGUGACCAUCUCUUUGUCCAUCGGCUGUUCUGAAAUGGUCGAGCAGGAGGUGUUGGUCCGAAAGAUUGCGGCCGUGGAGACCCUGGGCUCUGCUUCCGUGAUCUGCAGUGACAAGACGGGGACGCUGACGGAAGGAAAGAUGACGAUGGUGGGCAUGUAUGCUGCAGGCGUCACCUACGAGGUCACCGGCAAGGGCUUCGACCCUGAGGUGGGUCAAGUGCAGCGCUUGGGAUCCACAUCGAACGCUGGCCAAGACAUGGGUGUGAAGAGCAACCUGCUGACAGCUAUUCUGUGCUGCAACACGACCCUCUCAAAAGAGAAGGAUGAGGAAGGUGUCCUCAAGUGGACCCCGAAGGGAAACUCCUCUGAGGCGCCCAUUGUGGUAGCAGCCCGGAAGGUUGGCCUCUCCGAAACCAUUGCCCGCGAAUAUCCUCGAGCGCUGGAAGUACCAUUCUCAUCAUCGCGAAAGAUGAUGCUCACCGUUUCGAAGGUCAAGGGCACAGAGCUUUGCGCGGGUGGCAUGCCGCUGCCUGCAGGAACUCAGUAUCUGACUGUUUGCAAGGGCGCUCCCAACUACAUUGUGGAACUCUGCAAAGAGCAGCUGAAAGAAGAUGGAAGCGUGGGAAAGAUGACCGAAGAGGACAAGAAGAAGAUCUACGAGGUUGUGGAUGGCUACUCUGCCAAAGCUCUUCGUGUACUGGCCAUUGCGGCGCGGCCUAUGUCGAGCCUUCCGUAUGACGAGAGCAAUGAGGAUAUCACCACGGACCAGAAGUUCGAAGCCUGCCGCAAAGAGCUGCGGCUUAUCGGGCUGGUGGCCUCCAUCGACCCCGAACGUGACGGCGUUCCGCAGUCGGUUCUCCAAGCACGUGGUGCAGGUAUCCGCGUGGUCAUGAUCACGGGCGACUAUUUGCUUACGGCUAUUGCCAUCGCCAAGAACGUGAACAUCUUGCAGCCAGAAGAUGACGAGGAAGUUUCAGCAAUGGACUGUGCUCGGCUGCGUCCUGAUGGUGAGUACUUGGACAACUCGGAGAUGGACAAGCUGACUUCCAGCGUCCGCGUUUUCGCCCGUGCCAAGCCAGAGGACAAGCUGGAGAUCGUCAAGAGCAUUCAGCGUCAAGGUCAAGUGGCGGCCAUGACAGGAGAUGGAGUCAACGACGCGCCAGCUCUCAACCAGGCAGACAUUGGCGUGGCCAUGGGCAUCCAAGGUACAGAGGUUGCCAAGGGUGCUUCCGACAUGGUCUUGACAGACGACAACUUCUGUUCCAUCGUGAAAGCAGUCGAGAAGGGCCGUUCCAUCUACUCUGGCAUCCAGAAGUUCGUGGCGUUUAUCAUGUCCGUGCACAUUGCCGAGGUGAUGCAAAUCUUCCUGUGCAUCGUGGUUGGAAUCCCCGUGAUGCGCACACCUCUGCAGAUCCUUUUCCUGAUUCUUGUCACCGACUUGCCUCCUUCGAUUGCUCUCGGUAUGGAGCCAGGCGAGGCCGACAUCUUGGAGCAGCGCCCGCGACCAAAGGAAGAGCCCAUUGUCCUCAACUGGAUGUGGUUGGCCAUGGUCAUGAACGGAGGUGUUUUGACACUUGUCAUCGUGGGCGUCUACCUCGUCUCCCUCAUCAACUACUGCGAGGGUGAGAUUCUUCAGGCAAACAUCGGCCAACUCGAAGACUUCGAGAUGAAGCUGAGCAAAGCGCAGACCGUGGCCUUCAUCUCCUUGGUGUGGUCCGAGAACAUCCGGGCCUAUAUCUCGCGAUCUUUCACAAACCACAUGUGGAAGGAUAUUUUCGGGAACAAGCACAUGCAGAAGGCCAUUGUCUUGGCGCAGAUCUGCCUCUAUGCAGCAGUGUUGACUCCCUAUCUCUCCGACAAAAUCCUCGGCCUCCGUGGCUUGGAGAUUGGCGUGUUCGGAUGGGUGCUGGCGAUCGCCGGCCCUGUGGGCUGCUUCAUCCUCUCAGAGGGGUGCAAGAUCAUCAGUGCCUACCAGCUGAAGCAGUACCAGGAUUUCCUGGCAGCAAAGUUCGAAGCCUCGAAGGCGAAGGAUUCCGGAAGACCGAUGAAGGCCUCCGCGCUGAAGACCAAGAAGACGAUGGAAACACCGGAAAAGUCCGCCAAGAAGGGCUGGUGCUGUUGGGCCUGGUUCUGA